AUGGCUCGUUAUAUCCUUACCGGCACUAGUGGCCGUCUGGGCUCUCGAGUCCUCCGUCAAAUUCUGGAAAAGAAGCUGAUCCCGCCAAAGGAUCUGAUCAUCUCGGCGUCAAGCCCGGACCGUGCCCCGGCGAUUGCAAAAGAGUACGGUGUCGAGGUCCGUCGAGGCGACUACACGGACACGGCGUCCCUCAGGUCUGCCUUUACGGGAGGCGACGUGCUGUUCCUCGUCUCUCACAACGACCCCGGCGUCGAACGGGUCGAAUAUCACAAGAACGCGAUCGAAACGGCGCGGGCAGUUGGUGUCAAGACAAUCAUCUACACCAGCAUGAUGUUCGGCGGCGAGACAGGGUUGGACAGCGUCAUCGGGAUCCAGCAGGGCCAUAUUCACACAACCAAGUACCUGGAGGAGUGUGGGGUGGAGUACGUGAUCCUCCGCGAGGGACUGUACGCGCAGGUUUGGGGGUACUACGCCGGGCCGCCCGUGUCUGGGGUGUUUAAGAAGGGCGACACCCAGCCGCUGGAAUGGGUCGUGCCCAACGACUCGUCCAUCGCCUGGGUCGACAUUGACGACCUCGCCGAGGGCAACGCCCUGGUCCUCGUCGACUACACCAAAUAUAUCGGGCAAACGCUGCGGCUGACGGGGCCGCGAUCCACGCCCGUGAGCGAGAUCGCCAAGCUCGUCAAACAGCGCACGGGCCGCAAGGUGAACCUCCGCUUCGUGGGCAAGGAUGAAGCCGUCAGGUAUCACAAGGAGCACGGGAGCGUGCCCCGCGAGGCUCUCGGCUGGCUCGAGGACAACUGGGCCGGCUGGUUCGAGGGUCUCGCGAGGGGCGAGGGCGAGGUGGUCGAUCCCUUUCUCGGGCAGUUGCUGGGACGGCUGGCCAGGGGCGUCGUGGAAAUGGCUGAUGAGUUUUUUACGCCCAAGUAG